CACCGCCGCUCCGAGCGAGAAAGAGAGACAGAGAGAGCACCGACUGACUAGCAAUGCAGCGCGUGGCAGUAGCAGCUCUGGGGCGGGCAGCGUGCCUUACUGCACGGCGGGCGGGAUCGGCGGCGGCGCGGGGACGGUCUUUGCAGCUUCACAACUCAUGGCAGCAAGCUCCCGCCGCUGCCGUGAGGCACUUCCACUUCUCUAGGCCUGUCGCGGGCGCCGCAGGAGACACGUUUUUGGACAAGGGGGAUGCAACAGCUCGCAUUAUUGCCGUGGUGAAGGCAUUUGAAAAGGUGGACCCGACGAAGGUGUCGGAGAACGCGCUGUUCAAGGACGAUCUUGCUCUGGACUCUCUGGAUGCCGUAGAGGUGGUUAUGGCAAUCGAGGACGAGUUCACGAUUGAGAUCCCAGACUCGGAGGCGGACAAGAUCGCGGGCAUUGCCGACGCAGUGGCGUACAUCAUCUCCCACCCUGCCGCAAAGUAGUGGAUGGACUAAACCAAACCAGCCGCACAUUUUUGUAGGCAGGCUGCCGGACGCAGCGGGAAUGGGGAGCUGGAGGAUGCCCGCCGGGGGAGGGGGGAGAACUGCCCGGAAUUAGUUUUGACCGCGAGCUGCGGACACCGCACCCAGCCCGCAGGGGGGGCGGUCUUUAACGUGGGCGCAGAAGCUUGUCGUUUCUCGUCUACCGGUGGCGCUUGACUAGGCAGGAGUGACUUUGACUUGGACAUCGAUCGUCUUCGUCGGUUGCGGGCUGCUAUGUAGUUAUGCUAUUCAUGAAGGAAUGGCAAGUGCGCGCGGACGCGGACAUAUGUAUACUCCGGUAUGCGAUGUGAUCGUAACCUGAGCUUUUGUUCGAUGCAGUGACAAGCGUGCACGCAGGACAAGCGUCGUCGAUUUCUCUUGUCCAGAAUAUUGCGCUUAUUACAGCGGCGUGGAGCUUCGGGGGUCGCUUUUCGUCUGCGUCACUUUGCGCGUCACAUUUGAAAAAUCAUGGGGAGGGUAAGCAUUGCAUUGCGAUCUUUGUCUAAACGGCGGAUAAUCAAAAUGGUUGGGUGGGUACACCACGUCUUGGUUUCUCUCACGGCUGCUGCGAUGCAAUGCUUGCUUGUACGCGGCGCUUGCUCCAACGGCAGUGCUGCGUGUCUGAGGACGUGGGUGCCCGUGUUC